AUGGAGAUCCUCGCCAUCCUCAAAUACGGCAAAAGAAAUUUGCUUCCUCGCCUCACCCAAUCUUUCUCCCGAUCAGUACACACAGCGACAGCCACUCUGUCCCUCGUCACCAAGCACAAUACCAACAACCAAAUCUCAGCCUUCGACACCGCUCCCACUACCAUAACCCCUCAAAAUCACCAGCUUCUCCCCCGCGACAGCGCCCCUCUCUCCUCCACCGCCCUCCUCGGCGCAGUCCUUGGAUCUAUCUGCGGCUUCAUCUUCUUCGUCAUCUGCUGCUUCUUUUACAUCCGAUUCCGCGCCUGGAGUGAUACUACGAUGACGGCUAGUAGUAGGCGAAACCGAUGGAGAAGGGCUCACUAUUACCACGAUUCAUCGUCGUCGAGCAGCACGAGUGAUGGUUCGACGAGUGCGAGCUCUAGGACGUUACCGAGGGAUGUUGAGAUGGGAGAGGCGUGGUGGCCUGGGGCUGGAGUAGCAGGAGGUGCUCAGAGAGGGUAUGGCUAUGGGCAGAGUAAUAUGUAUGGGCGGGCUCAGACACAAGCACAGAUGGGCUAUGGGGUAGGCUUCGAAGGAGGAGCCACAGGAGGGAAUGUACCUCUAGGCUUCGGAAAUGUUGCGACGGCGUACGGACCGGGAGUGGCGCAGGCGCCGAGGGUGCCACCUGUUGCUACGACGAAGUGGUCUCCUCAUUUUUUGCACGUGCGCUCUUAA